UAAUAAUAUCUCAGACUGAGAAAGAGAGAAGAGUGGUCCAUUGAGAGGAAGAAGAGAACAGUGAGAGUGAGAAAGAGAGAAGAGUGAUCCAACGUGAACUGCAGAAAUGGAGAUUGGGUUUUUAGGUUCGGGGAUAAUGGGCAAAGCUAUGUCAAUUAACCUUCUACGCCAUGGCUUCAAACUCACUGUUUGGAACAGAACCCUCUCCAAGUGUGAUGAACUUGUGGAGCAUGGUGCUACAGUUGGAGAAACACCUGCUGCUGUGGUUAAGAAAUGCAAGUAUACAAUAGCAAUGUUAUCCGACCCUUCCGCUGCUUUGUCGGUUGUGUUUGAUAAGGAUGGUGUUCUUGAGCAAAUUAACGGAAAAGGUUAUGUUAACAUGUCGACUAUUGAUGCCGAGACAUCUAUUAAGAUAUCUGAGGCAAUCAAAGCAAAAGGCGGUGAUUUCCUUGAAGCUCCUGUUUCGGGUGGCAAGAAGCAUGCAGAAGACGGCCAACUAGUAAUAAUUGCUGCUGGCCACAAGGCAUUAUAUGAGGAAGCACUUCCAGCAUUUGAUGUACUCGGGAAGAAAUCUUUCUUUCUCGGUGAGGUUGGGGAUGGUGCGAAAAUGAAACUUGCUGUCAAUGUGGUAAUGGGAAGUAUGAUGAAUGCUUUUUCCGAGGGACUGGCACUUGCUGAAAGAAGUGGCUUGAACCCUGACACACUUCUUGAUGUGCUGGAUCUCGGUGCUGUGAGUAACGGUUUGUUUAAAUUGAAAGGACCGACAAUGGUCAAGAACAGUUACAACCCAGGUUUUCUACUUAAACAUAUGCAGAAAAACAUGAGAUUGGCUCUUGCCCUCGGCGAUAAAAAUGUUGUACCAAUGCCUGUUGCAGCUGCAGCAAAUGAGGCAUUCAAGAAAGCCAUAUGCACGGGAUUAGGAGAACUUGAUUUUUCAGCUGUUCACAAGACUUUGAACUAAAAGCUCUGGUUUCCACUAUUUAGAGCAUCUCCAAUGAUGCAACUUACAUUUGAGUUCUUUAUGGGACCCACUAAGCCACAUCAUAUUAAAAGAAUUUAUUUAAUUUUAACUUUACCUCAUUGGGUACUACAAUCUUUUAGUUGUUGCAUUGCAAUGCAACUCUAUUAUGACAUGGCAAAUUUACCUCAUAACUUGAUUUGAUUGGGUACUACAAUCUUUUAGUUGUUGCAUUGCAAUGCAACUCUAUUAUGACAUGGCAAAUUUUUUAAAUAUUUAAUUAUUAAAUUAAUGGUACAGGUGGAGAACUCAAUAGAAAAAACUACCAUUGUCUUAGAGGCCCAGAGCAAACAAAUAAAUGGACUCCUAACAAAAAAUUGAUGUUUUACUCGCCUCCAAAAUGAAGAAAAAUCUCAGUGACAAGAUCAAAAAUAUGAAGUCUUGAUUGUUUCUAACAAUAAAAAGAAUAUCAAUGCAGAUAAGUAGUCAUCUGCAAAUCAUUUUCUCUUGCUUUAGUUGCGGAAAACCAAAUCGUAUGUCUAAAAAAUGUAGGAGUAUGCGUAAAUCAUGUCCUGAUCCUAAUACGCAGGUUUAUGUGAUUGGUAAAAAGUUUAUAUGACAAGUGAUAGUGAAUUUGAUUUCAUCAUAAAAAUUUGAUAAUAAAUG